GAGGGCAUUCCGAUUCUGCCUGACAAAAGUUGCCUUCUUUUGACAUGCAGACGUGAUUAACAAACAGCGUCAUGCUGCGUUUCCUACCGAGCAGCUGCAGCAGCAUUAGCAGUGAGGCUGAAAGGAGGAUUUGGACUAAAAAAAAAGGUGGAUAUUUUUUUGGAUGUUUCAUUGUUCCGCGUCGACGUUGACGGCGUUUCACACACAGACUUGUGGAUAACCAGACCGGUACUUUCCUCUCUCUGUGCGCGGAUCACACUGAGCAGCAUCCUCCGGAAUAAAGACGCCGUGGUGAGGAAUCUAAGGACUCCUUUUGGAAAUUUUUUUUUGCACCAUGCCAACGUAUUUGUGAAGUUUUACGCAAGGAUUUUUUCUGGAUCUCCAUGUUAACAAUGACAUGAAUCACUUGGAUGUGGCUGCGUUAUUGUCUGCGCCUACUGCAGUACUCUUUUUGGCUGCAACUUGAAAAAAAAAAAACGAUUCUCCCAGCUGUGAAGACAUGGAUAGGGAGUUCUGAAACCGGAUUUUCUUUACCCUUUUUUUAUAAUCUGGAGUUGGAAGUAUAUAUGACAUUCCGGUUCUAUAUGCAGAACUAAAACCGGAUCGGAUAGCGCAAUCCAUCCAGGUCCUGGAGAGGAGAGCAUAAGGACAAGGUGCGCUCUGGAGUCGGCGGCUGCGCGGAGAGAGACCGACCGACCGGUGCUGUAGUGGAUUAGGACGGUACCUGUCUGUCUGUGGAGAGAGCGCGUCAUGCGGACUCGGAUGUCGCGCACUAGAAGCCAUUAAAACCUGUAGGCUGGAGCUGACAGAUACGCGGAUAUGGGCUCUGCUCUGCGGCGUCGCUGGCUAGUGGUCCAACUCCUGAUGCAGGUGUGGCUGGCAGCAAAUCCAUCUUUGAGUGAGCGCCCAUGCCCCAAGAGCUGUCGCUGUGAUGGAAAAAUUGUCUACUGUGAGUCAAGCGCCUUUCGCGAUGUCCCCAAGAACCUCUCCGGAGGCUGUGAAGGCCUGUCUCUACGGUACAACAGCCUCGCCAGUCUUCGUGCAGGCCAGUUUGUAGGCCUCAACCACCUCAUCUGGCUCUACUUGGACCACAAUUACAUUGCCUCUGUGGAUGUAAUGGCCUUUCAGGGGGUCCGCAGGCUCAAAGAGCUGAUCCUGAGUUCCAACAAGAUCACGUCGCUCCACAACACCACAUUCCACCCUGUCCCCAAUUUGCGUAAUCUGGACCUGUCGUACAACAAACUGCAAGCUUUGCAGCCUGGGCAGUUCCAGGGCCUACGGAAGCUUCUCAGCCUUCACAUACGCUCAAACUCUCUAAAAACCGUCCCAGUACGUCUGUUCCAAGAUUGCAGAAAUCUUGAGUUCCUGGAUUUGGGUUACAACCGCCUGCGCAGUAUCACUCGGAAUGCAUUUUCAGGCCUAGUCAAGCUCACUGAGCUGCAUCUGGAGCAUAACCAGUUCUCAAAGAUCAAUUUUUCUCACUUCCCUCGCCUCUACAAUCUGCGGGCACUUUACCUGCAGUGGAAUCGCAUUCGCUCAAUGAACCAGGGCCUAACCUGGACCUGGGCCUCCAUCCAGAAACUGGAUCUGUCUGGAAAUGACCUGAUGGAAGUUGAUGCUGUAGUGUACCAAUGCCUACCCAACCUGCAGACCCUCAAUCUGGACUCCAACAAGCUUACCAAUGUCUCCCAGGAGGUGGUUGAUGCCUGGAUCUCUUUGACUACGAUUAGCUUAGCUGGGAAUGUAUGGGACUGUGGCCCUGCCAUCUGUCCUCUGGUGGGCUGGCUCAGAAAUUUCAGAGGGGCAAAGGAGACCACCAUGAUCUGCGCCUCCCCCAAGAAAGCCCAGGGAGAGAAAGUGAUGGAUGCUGUUGAAGCUUUUGCUGUUUGUCAAUCAAACGCAGUGACAACGCUCACUGUGAGUAUUCCUCCAACCCCAUCCAGAGUCCCUGUGCAGACUGAACGCCGCCCAGCCAUUCUGGCUUCCCCUACUGGUUCUGGAAAGAGAGGAGAAGGGUCUAUCAGGGGUCCCACAUUGUCAGCUGUUACCCCUCCUGUGGCACUUCCUCCAGAGCAAGACUUGGAGCCUGUUUCCUUCCAUAAGAUUGUGGCUGGAAGCGUUGCCCUUUUUCUAUCUGUCGCGAUGAUCCUGUUGGUAAUCUACGUGUCUUGGAAGCGCUAUCCCAGCAGCGUCAAGCAGCUGCAGGAGCAUUCGGCAGCAGCCCGCAAACGCCGCAAGAAAGCUAGAGAGACGGAGCGCACCCUGAGCUCCCCACUGCAGGAGUACUAUGUGGACUACAAGCCCACCAACUCUGAGGCCAUGGAUGUGCUUGUGAAUGGGACCGGACCCUGCACCUAUACCAUCUCAGGCUCCCGAGAAUGCGAGGUCCCCCACCAGUUGGGCGCGCUGACCUUCUACCGCUAUGAACAGCCCAUCGUAGACUACUGCCAGGCCCAUCAACCCCUGCGGCUCAACAUGGGCUAUGAGGGACCCCCACAGGGCCUGGAGGGCCUGGAGGACCUGGGGCCGUGUGAUAGGGGCACUAUACAGACAGUGGCGCUGCCCGCCGUGCCCUCUGCCGCCAGCAUGGGCGCCCCUCUGCCAGGGCCUCGCUCUCCUCCACCGCCCCUCAGACCACCAACUGACGGUCCCAGCGGCGGCCCUUUUCCUCCCAGCGGCGGCCCAUUUCCUCCUGCCGAACGCACCGGCACACUGAAAUUCGGACGCUAGCGAAGCCGAGUCUGGUCGCUGGAAGUGGGGCAAGGGCCUCUGAUUCACCGUGACUUUGUAACGAAGGGGCAGGCGAGCUGGUUAUUCAGUGGGGCCUUGUUUUCAGAACAUGAAUAUGUGAACUAGAGGACAAUUUUUUUUCUAAUUCUGCCUGGAGGGAUUUGGCAUCUGAAACACACAGUCUCACUAAUAUACAGUAGAGGGUGAGACAUCCUUGCGGAUCAUUUUUAUUUAUUUUUUUUUCCAAAACACCUCAUAUAAAACUUGUUACUACUGAAUCAUGGGAGGUAAUGCAGCAUUAUGACAAAAAAAGUAUUACCUUGUUUCCACAUCUGGUCUUUGCCAUAUCCCAUCAUGGGGCACCUGUUUGCAGCAGUCCACGUGCACUGAGUCAGAAGUCAAAGGGGAAGUGCAAUAAACACGAGUUCUCGAUCAAGUGAGAGCAGUAACAUAAAAGAGAUGGAGCUGGACAUCAUGCGAAGUGCAAGGGGGCUUCUUACUGUGAUUAUUAUUAAAAUAUCAAGUCAGCAGUUGUUAACAAAGGCAAAUCCAUAUCAGUAUUUCAUGAAGAUGAGUCAUUUCUCUCAAGACAAUUUCCAUACAAUUUAUCUUUCUUUUGUCUUGCUUUCUUUUGUUUCUUUAGAUGUGGGACUUCAUGCUGAAUUCCAUUAAUGUGCAUGUCAAACCAAAGAGUUUACUUGUAUCUUUUUAUUUUAAUGCACAUGAGCUACUUUCGCUGAGGGCAUUCUUAAAAUGCCAGUUGGUCUACUGAAAUAGCCUCCGCCAACUCACGUUCACAAUUACAACCAAAUCCUCUGGUGGUUUCAGAUGAACUGGGCUUGUCUUCACAGAUUAGCAAAAGUAACCAUGUGAUACAAACAACGUGAGGUAUAGUGAAACUGAAAUUUUAAAUACUUAUCAUAAUGAUUCUGGUCCUCCUCCCAACAUCAAUUUAAUUGCCAUCCAUGAUCUUGGUGACGCGAUGAACAGCAACAAACACUUUAUAGAGGAGAUAUUAUGGCAUGUUCCAUAAAUUCCUUGAACAUACAGUACAGUGGCCCUUUGCACAGCAGAAUGGCAGGUCUUUGUAUAUGAUUAUAUCCCAGCUGAAUGAGUCACUAUGCUUUAAAGAGGUUAUCAUGGGGAAUUCAUGUGGUAAAACAAGUACAUUUGAAUGCAAAGUAUUGUACAUAUUAUUACGGAAGGUCCACUUUACUGAAGGUCAAACCACUCUCACUGCCCCCAAACAGUCAUUUGAAACAUUGUUGAGUCAAUGUUUGACUUUGAUCACACUGGACAAUUCUGGAGAUGACCAUUUUGCCGGGUUGGCAAAAAAAGCUCCGGCCAUGUGCUCCCAUCUCCCCUCGGCCACAGAGAACAACAGUGCCUAGUGGGGGCAUGUUGAACCAGCACGUUGACUUCUCUUUAACCUGCGUAUGAACCCAAGGACUGUACUGGGAAUAUUGCCUGACAUCUCUUUUUUUUUCCAGAAAGCGUGCCUCCGGUGCUGGACUUUAUUGCACUUGGUAACCCUUUGGCCACCGUGUGAAGCACUGCUCCUCACUGACUUAUGGAGCUAAUGAGGACUUCGGAUAUGGCCGUGAUGGCCUGUCAAAUACCAUCUCCGGUUUAAUCCGAGCAGUGCACCGGGGCCGUUUUCUACAUGUCAGUGGUCAUACUCUUGGGAGUUGUGGAAACCGUGCUCAGUCCUCCCACGGGGCAAAUGAUUGAUCUACAGAUGAAAAUGAGAGGGGCCAAAAUUUCCCACGAAAAGUGGGCAUAUCCUCAAGAUAAGAGAAAAAAAUAGGGAUUUUUUUUGUUUUGUUUUGUUUUGUUUUGUUAUUUUGUCUUGGAACAUAAAAGACAUUUUUUUUGAGGUGUUCAAAGAUGAUGUCAAGAAAUUCUAUAAGACUAAUCAAAGGACAAAAUCGAAUAGAACUUAUUUAUCGUGUAAAUAGUGAGUCUUUAAAGAUGAAAAAAAAAAAAAGUAUGAACUUAACUUCUUCUGAAACACAAACUGCUUGUGAACAGAAGAGGAGCCUUAUUCACUUUCCAGUGGGAAUCUGUUACCAAGACGACUCGGCGAAAGAGGUUCCUACUGUAACGCUCCUGUUGUUUCAAUGAUAAAUAUUUUUCUAUCUGCUCCCGUCACUAUUCUACCAUUAAACACAAAUCAUGUUACGGAGGUGAUUUCUCAAAUCCAAUCGUUUUACUGAAUCACAGGAGGAAGGGAAGAUCGGGCGCCCUGUUAUGAUGGUACACGUCAAGCGUCAAAACCCUCAUAGAGAUCCACAUUUUCUUUUCUGACUUCAGACAUUGUUUCAUCUAGCAGGAGGUGGCCGUACAACGUGUUGUUAAGGUGCAUCCCAGUCCACUCCUCUUGUUUAAGAAUUCCAACACUAUCUGCCAUUUCAAGGUCUACUCGGGGAGAAGAAGUGUGCUAUUCUUUAUACCAAGAGUUUCAACUUGGGAAGGUUGUUUCUUUUUUGAUGUGCCAUUAAUUUUGUUAAAUGUUUUACCAAAAACCAGCCACAAAACAACAAGUGACCCAAAAGUUCUUCAUGGUUUCACGACUAAGAAGGGUUCCGUCCCCCUUCGUGUACAGGAUAAACGCAUAAAAAAGCAGUUGAUUCGCUCAGUGCGGUUGCUUAAUAGUGCUGGUGGAGUUUACUUUGUAAUAGCAGCUGUGCCGAUGUCUUUAUAAUGGGAGCUCUCUCGAUUCUAUCCAUGUAUUGUCUUGCCUUGCUCUAUAUCACCCCUGCUAACUCCUUGGCCUGAAUUUCAUGUCUGCCUCUGGGUGACUCGGGUGAACCUGUUUAAUGAUGUUCUAUUUCUGUCCGCAUGCUGAUAUUUUGGGAAAACGAUGCCCAGUUAGGGAGGAGCGCUGAACCGGAGACAAACAGUACGGGAGUUAUUUCCUGUCUGGAAUGCCCUAGAACCAGCAGCACACGUGUCGUGGACAACUUCACUGUUUUUUAAAGCAACUUGUUUGCUGACCCAUUCCUGCCCCUGUCUCGCCUAAAGUAGAAUUCCCUGGCACUCUAUAGGCUGUUAAACAGAGAAAUAGGCCUGUGCUGGGCCACUCACUCCGGGGAAAAGACUUUCCCUUUAAUAGUCUCCUGCAAAAAAAAGCACCUCAUAUGUAGUAAUUACUUCAGUUUUCAGCAGCGGUAAUGGUUCAAUUCAGUCUAAACACAAUGAUCAAAGCUACUUUGCCCUUCAUGUGUAAUUAGGAAAUGCUAUUAAAAUCUUUGUCUGUUCACAAUUAAAUCAACUACUAAUAAGCGAUUGAUUAAUCAUGACUACCUCCCUGAUAAAAUCGGAUAUGUUCCGCGGAAUGUUCGAAUCCUGCUGCCAGUAAUUAUUUAGUCUUUUGUCCAUUUCUUUUUCUUUGCCAUCAGAGAGCUGGAAGCACAGGCACCGCAUGCUAAUGAUGCAUGUUUGAGCUGAACUCCAGGACCGUCUGCGCUAGCCCCGCAAUGCCAACAGGCUUUAUUUUCUCUUCUGCUUUUGUUUGUUUAUGGUUUUGUACACCCCAAGCUCCCCCCCACCCCCCUUCACUCUUUGAGUUUGGGCUCAAGUCCCCACUGGGAACAUUUUUUUUUCCUCUUUUAUUUUUUUUUUGCUUCUGGUGAAUAAAGGUCUGAAGAAUUGCAGUGAAAAGUUCCAUAUUUCAGUGUGAUAAUAUACGCAGAGGAAAAAAAAGCUAAAUGCAAAUCUCCAAAGGGGUGAGGGGAAAAAGCAGAGGAGACGAGAGGGGGGGCAGGAAUGCUGUACGAUAGGGACGAUAUAGAGGGACAAAAGGGUAAGUGCAAGGACACAUUCUGUUACAACGCAAGCUUUGUGAUGUUUCUGAAUGUCCCCGGCACACACAUAAGCAUUCUGUAGAUGUAACAUUGCACACACGGACAAAAACAAAAGGCAUACUCAAAAACUUGCAUCUCCUAUAACUGUAUGCAUUGUGCAUGCUCGCAUACAAAGAUAAACAGACAAGUGUUUUAAACACCUUUUGUUACCAAGAAUCCAUUUUUUAUUUUGUCACUUCAACUGCAGAACAUCCAUCCAUUAUCUGUAACCGCUUAUCCUAUAUUCAGGGUCGCGGAUGUCAGCCGAUCCCAGCUGACAUUGGGCGAAGGCGGUGUACACUCUAGACAGGUCGCCAGACUAUCACAGGGGCUGACACAUAGAGACAGACAACCGUUCACGCUCCCAUUCACACCUACGGGCAAUUCGGAGUCAACUGCGGAACAAUCACGCAUAAAUACAUAUACACAAACAACACGGGCGACACACACGCCUUGAUAAAUGAUAAUAAAGCGCUCCAGGUUUUGACGCUCCCAUCCAUUUCGGCUCACCCAAGGCCAUCUGCGACGGUUCAGUAGGUUCUAAUCCAUUACCUGAUAAACAGAUUUGGAAAUUAAUUCCAAAGCCAGACGUGGAGUUUCAGAUUUUUUCUUCCUUCUACCAUACAUCUGUGUCUUACCCACAGGCAACGCUGGGGCAAUACAGCACACAGUCAUGACUCCAGACAGUCAGCACGUAUACACACGGAUAAGAGGGGGCUAUAAGCAGAAAAAAAACAAGCUAAUGCUCCCCCAUCUGCUACUUUCUAGCCUCCUAAUUUGAGUUUCUAUUUUUGUUAGUGUGUCAUUAAGUGUGUGCGCAGACUGCAAAGUGGUAAGAAUUAAUAACUUUUGUCGUGCUAGAAAGAGGGACUGGACAAGCAUCGCUAGUGAGUUAGCUACCCCGCAUGUACCCAGAUGGCCUGUGCGUGUGUGUGUAUCUAUAGCAACACCUACUCCUCUACCUCCUCUGAACCAAUGUCACCAUUACUGAUGUUCAGGCCAGCCCGGUCCCCAUUGAUUGUUAUUGUUCCAUGUUUCACGUUAGCAGGAAGUCUUUAACCUCCGACCCGGCAUUGUCCUGACUCUGUUUUUCUGCCAUUGCUCAUGUCAGAGGGGACACAGAAAGGGUAGGCAUGAUCAUUAACCUCUGUCAGGGAAACGCACUUUUCUGUUUGUCUGACAAAGCCCGUUUACACCCCCUAAUUGGAUUUAAUGUGAGCACCGAAGAAAGGAAGGUUUUUAUUUAAAUGGGCUGCAUUCUGCAGUCUGCGGGUUGUGAGUGCAGCGAGGGAGAAAGCAGAGAGAAACUGAUAGAAAGCAAUAUCAGAAUUAGUCUUUGUUUUCGUGCAGGUUCAAAGCACUCUCCCUAUUUCUUUCUUUGCUGCCACUUAAAUGCUUUCCAUAUAUAAACCAGGGGAUCCCCGCUGUCUCCUUCUCAUCCAUUUCCUGCAGAGAGCAUUGGUUUCUGUAGGGUGUAAAUAUGCGCUGCAUUGUUUUCUUUGGUAGUUGGUUUGUUGUUGGGUUUUUUUUUUUUUCUUAUUUGGAUUUUUUUGUUCUUUUUACUGUAUUCAGACCUAAAGCAUUUUUGUGGAGACCUGGUCCAAGCGCAAAAAUAUGGCUCUUCUUUGAGUAUAUUAUUGUCAGAAAAUGUUUUGUAAAAAUUUUGAUGAUGAUAUCAGAAAUAAACAUCUAAAGAUGGGA